GGGCGAGAGCUUUGGGAUGAUUAUCGGCGACAAUCGCGUCAAUCGAGCAUGUCCGGCAUAACGAGAGGGGUGGCGAAGAUUAAUGUGGGGGCGGAUGAUACACUYGGCGAUUGCGAUGGUGCAAGGGGUGAAGAUUGCUCGACAAGCGACGGGAGCAAUGACAAUGAGGAGGACGACGACGGGGAGAUGGAGAUUCGUCCGGUAGGGAAGAAACGGGGAGGGCCAAGGGCCACAAACAAGUUCACUGAGCCGCGCACGGGGCGGAGAGGCAAGAAGAGGGCGGGACAUACGUCGGCAAGCGAGGGAGCAAAAAACAGGGAUUUUUGGACCGUGGAACACAUGAUUACUCUGAUCCGAGCUAAAAGAGACCAGGAUUUGCAUCUGGCAGGCCUCGGUCACAACAUCAGAAGGAUGAAGACGAAGACAUGGAAGUGGACCGACGUGGAGAAGAGGCUCGUGCAGAUGGGGGUGACGAGUAGAAAGGCCGAGGACUGCGGGAAAAAAUGGGACAACCUGUACAUGCAGUUCAAAAUUGUGCACAAGUGCAAGGGAGAAUUGGGGAAGCCUGAUUUCUUCAGACUAUCGUCGUGGGAGAGGAAGGAGGGGGGGUUCGAUUUUUGGAUGGACGAGCGUGUGUAUUCGGAGAUGAAGGCCAUAUCCAGGGGCGAUCACACUAUACACCCCACGAAUCUCGCGGACACGGGUGAGGCUGGAGGUGUUCAAUUGCCUGGCCCACGUGGAGGUCAGAACGAAUCCGGCGGUAGUGACGGAUGCGGGGAUGGACAGGACGACGACCAGGGAUCGACGAGGGAUUCAACGUUCAGCGGCGGUGGUGCUGGCGGGUGUGGCAAACGGAAGAAUAGCCUCGUUGUUGGUGCUACCGAGACGUUGCAAAGGACCCCGAAGGUGGCAGGGGUUGUCAUGACGGAGGCGCGCGUGUCGAGGCAACUUCCGGCGGUGGUGGGCCAGGGCCAGCCACGUCAGCCACUCCCCCUGCAAGAGGCGGGGGCUUCAGGGGGAGGGAAAACACAGUCCACGCAAAAGGGCGAUGCAACAGCGAGCGGCACUCGGACGGCGGCGGCGGAUCACAACACUAGAAGCGGACUCACCGAAGGUGCGGCCGAGGAGAGGGUCGACGACAUCCGCCGCGACAAAGGAAGAAGACAUGGAAAGCGGGACGGCGAUGACGACGRYGACCGUCCACUUGUGACGAGGUUGAAGGGAGCGGCAAAGGAGGACGGUCUGGAGGAAAGGUCGAAGUUGUGGGUUGAUUGCGACUCUUUCUGGGGUCAGGGCCCAGGGAAACCCUUGAGGGAGGCAGUUGGCGAGUGCGCGGACUACUUCAUUGCCAUCUCCAACGGAGACGCAGGAGUUGAGCCGCCUGCGACGCUCAUAAWGCCGUCGAACGACGUUCCGCGCUUCAAGAUCGAGGACCCUGCGCAGCGUGAACCAGCUUUGCGUAGAGCGCGCAGCGUGGAAAAACUGGUGCUGCGCGCCAUCCACGGCUGGAUCUUCAAAUUGUCGUCGAGGUCGGCUGGCUUCGCUCGUGCAGAAUCAUACAUCAGCGUCGAUAUUGCUACAAACGUCGCACGAGCAGUUUCGCAGGGACACGAAUGGUCGAAUGUGGUUUCCCCUCCCAUCGUCUACCACACGUUGGCGAUGAAGAUGGACGUGCCUCUGUGGUUCGCGGGGGUGAAGAUUGUGGAUCGGCCUGAAGACGACGUCAUGGCGGCGCGGCAGGAGGCGACAGUUCUUCGCGUCGUGGAGUGCUGGACAGAUGCACUGUGGUGUGGACAAUGGGCGGAUGGCAACCGCAUGAAACAGGAGAGGUUGUCUCGGCUUGUGGAUUGUCUUCGAGCGUUGUUGAGCKCGUGUAUGUGGAUCAUGCGCAUGGGUGGUGACGACGACCGUUYGCACUACGAGGCGUGCUUGUACGCAUCCAUGGUCGCCAAACCCACAAUGAUGGCGGCGGGGUCGUACAUCUUCAACUGGCGGCGACACAUCGUCGACAGCGCCAACCUCGUCUUGGAUCGUAUAGGGAAGGCUCACCUCACGCUGGGAGAUUACCUGCACUGUAUUCCAGAAUGGUGUGAUUGCGGGUUGCUGUUCGGCUACAACGCGGCCCUGAAGAAUGCAGCGGAAGCCGCGAAACACGGCUGGGUCGGCAGCGGGCCCGCGGCGGAGGAAGACGGAGAUGAGGGCAGUUGACACGUCGGUUCGUCCAUAACGCAGCGGCGGGGKGCGGAUCGUCGACUGAUUGGCGCGUGGGAUCACGAAAUGACGAACGCAGCGCCUUCGACUGCAGAUGGGGCCGCACGGGCGGGAUGGGUGUCGGCARGUGUUGGUGGUUGAGCGGGGGGAGCGUGAGGUGGGCGGUCCUGCGCAGCUCCGACGGCGUGUCCACGUCAGCAAACGUCGUGCCGACGUCAGCAGAUGUCGUCGUGGUGCAUGUGUGGUGAACGAUGUUUUUCUUUUUUUUUCUGUUUUUAUUUUGUGAUUGGAGCGCUCUUUGYACUUUUGCUCCGCAAUAGGGUUUCUUGGCUCGGUGGAUGACACCGCCAAAAUGUAAGUAGAUGCAGGAGCAGUCCGUAUGUUGUGCGGGACGCUUGAAGGGUCGAUAGUCAGGAGCAAUGGAAAAUCGCCGCCCGAAAAUUGCUUUGUUGUUCAAUGAAUGUUCUCAAAUUUA